UCGCUGGCCUCCGAGCGCCCCCGAGACUAGGCGUUUUCGGAAGGCUCCGGCGCGCUCCCGGGAGCGCGGUGCGCACGCGCACCGCACCAAGCCGGGAGCGCCUGCGCAUUCGCGCGCCCGGCCUGGGCCGCGGGCCCGGCGCGGGCGCCAUGAAGCUGCUGCGGCGCGCGUGGCGGCGGCGGGCAGCGCUGGGCCUGGGCGCGCUGGUGCUGUGCGGGGCGGCGCUGCUCUACCUGGCGCGCUGCGCGUCGGAGCCCCGGGGCUCCAGGGCGGCGCCGCGCCGCAGCCCCCAGCCCCCGGCUCCCGCGCGCGCAUCCGCCUUCCUGGCAGUGCUGGUGGCCAGCGCGCCCCGCGCCGCCGAGCGCCGCAGCGUGGUCCGCAGCACGUGGCUGACGCGGCGCGGGGCCCCGGGCGACGUGUGGGCGCGCUUCGCCGUGGGCACUGCGGGCCUGGGCGCCGAGGAGCGGCGCGCUCUGGAGCGCGAGCAGGCGCGGCACGGGGACCUGCUGCUGCUGCCCGCGCUGCGCGACGCCUACGACAACCUCACGGCCAAGGUGCUGGCCAUGCUGGCCUGGCUGGACGAGCACGUGGCCUUCGAGUUCGUACUCAAGGCGGACGACGACUCCUUCGCGCGGCUGGACGCGCUGCUGGCGGAGCUGCGCGCCCGCGACCCCGCGCGCCGCCGCCGCCUCUACUGGGGCUUCUUCUCGGGCCGCGGCCGCGUCAAGCCCGGGGGCCGCUGGCGCGAGGCCGCCUGGCAGCUCUGCGACUACUAUCUGCCCUACGCGCUGGGCGGCGGCUACGUCCUCUCGGCCGACCUGGUGCGCUACCUGCGCCUCAGCCGCGAUUACCUGCGCGCCUGGCACAGCGAGGACGUGUCUCUGGGAGCCUGGCUGGCGCCGGUGGACGUGCAGCGCGAGCACGACCCGCGCUUCGACACCGAGUACCGCUCCCGCGGAUGCAGCAACCAGUACCUGGUGACGCACAAGCAGAGCCUGGAGGACAUGCUGGAGAAGCACGCGACGCUGGCGCGGGAGGGCCGCCUGUGCAAGCGCGAGGUGCAGCUGCGCCUGUCCUACGUCUACGACUGGUCCGCGCCACCCUCGCAGUGCUGCCAGAGGAGGGAGGGCAUCCCCUGAGCCGCCGCCGCCGCCGCCCGGCCCUCUGGGCAGCCGGUUCACCCCGUUGCGCCUUGGGGCAGAUGCCGAGGGGACGAGCGUCGCUUGAGUCCCAGCGCUCCGGUCCCGCGGCCACGCCGCUGCGUGCGUCUCGGCCUGCGUUUGGGAGACACCCUGGGGGUCGCCGGGGCAGCGCGCCAUGUCCAGGGGGAUGUGCCCCCCGUUCCUGGACCGCAGCGAGCCGCAGCGCGCCAUGUCCACGUGGAGGUGCCGGUUCCUGGAUCUCAGCGGGCCUGAACCUGGCCGGCUGCACCCUGACCCACUGACCCCGUGCGGUCCCCGACCGGCACUCGGGGCUGGACUCCGUUCUUCCGUGUCUCUUAUCAGUGGCGUUUCUCACGUGUGCGUCUAAGACAAAGUGGUUUCACAUCAAUUCACUUUAAUGGUGUUUUGGCCUCCGUCUCUGUCCAGUGACUUCGUGGUAAAUAUGACUCGGUGUUCGCUUGUGACUUAUUUAUUGUAAGUUUGUGUCGAUGUAAGUUUAAGUGGACAGUGUGCUGGUCUCGGUGUUUUUUACAUGAUUUAAGGAAAGACUUUUAUGUCAGAACUUGGCGUUUGUGGGUAAUGCAUUUGUACCGCUUGUGCUGUCAGCCCCGCGCGUGUUUAAACAAACGCAGGAGAACUUUAAAACUGGCCAUUUAUCUUUUCAGUUUACACGUCAGUCGCCGCAUUCUUUCCGAAGAGACUUUCGUUUUAAGGCUUCCUGUGGCCACAGAGAGCUAGUGCUCUGCUUCACACUCUGGCCCAAGUCCCAGGAAUCGAACCUUUGAGUGAUGACGAGCCUUCCCAAAUUCCGCCUCAAGAAAACAGUACCAGCCAUCCGGCACCCAGCCCACCUCUCACUACCUUCGUAGCCCCAGGACAAGGGGUGACAUGAGCCCCGGAGUCCCACUGGGUUUUCUGUCUGGAGAAUCUGGGUGGUGCCCGCUGUGGCCUUUGCUGUCCUACUUUGGGGCAGGAUCCAGUCUGGAGCAUUAGGGUCACGGUCAGGCUUGGGUCGGGGUCAGGCUCAGGCCAUGGGUUUGGGAGCAGGUUUGGGUUUUUUCUGUUUGAAGGAAGCAGUGGUCUCAGGGAGGACAGAAUGGGGUGGGAGGUGCUCUGCUCAGUGAUGUGCACAGCGAUCCUCACACCCCCAGGAGGCACAGGUGGGACCAGAGGCAUCCCUAGGUCAGGCAGAUGAGUUAAGGCUCCAAUGAGCCACCUUGAAUCUGGGACUGACAGACCCCUGUGUGAGCAGGAUGGGGCUCUCCCCUCCCACAGGGGUUGCACACUAGAGCCCAGGGUCUGCCCAUCAUGGGUGUUGAGAUCCCUGCCAGCCGAUUUUCCUGGAUGUCUCCUCUGGAGUUUGGAAUUGCUUGAGGAAACCUGUGUGUGCUUGGAGAGGCCAGAGAACUUGCUGAGGACCUCAUGGACAGUGGAGAACAGGAUUUGAACCAAGGGCUGGCCUCCCACACCUCACCCUGCACUACCCAGCUCUUUGUGGCUCCCCAGAGUUGCCCCUGUGGAAUGCAGUGCAAAUGCCCCAGACCCCCCAAUAGAAAGAGUCUAAAAAUCCCGUUUGCAACCACUUCUGACAUACAAAAAUGGAAAUGUAGUGUUUUUCAACCUAAGACAUUAAAUUUUAAAUCAGAACAAA